AUGAAGCUUGUUCUGUUCGCGUUAUCUACCAUGAUAGUGAUUAGUGCGGGGCUAUCGCUCAAACCAAGCCCCCGGAGGGACAUCACCAUUCCCCGGGACAUGAAGCUCCCCGAUCCGGACAGUGACAAGGGAACGGCUGUGUUCCGCAAUGGUGAACAUCGUCCCAAGAAGACUGCCUCCACCGUUGAAGGUAAUCCGGAAAAGUUGCGCAUUAGUGACAGUCGGCGCAAGAAGAUUAAGCAGGUAUCGACCAAAGAAAACGAAAGUACACACGUGACGCGGAACAGUGUGAAAGAGCGAAAGCUACAUACUAAAAUUGUACACAUACCGGAACCGUUUGUUGUGCAUGUAGAGAAGCCGUACCCGGUGUACAUUGAAAAGCCAGUCAUAGUGGAAAAGCAUUUACCGAUGCAUCUUUACAUUACGAAGAAGGAAACUAAACAUCACUGA